AUGGGGUUAUUUGGAAAAGUUAAGGUUGAUCCCAAAGAACAGGUCCGCGCCUUGCAAAGAAAACUUCGACUUGAAAUUUCGCAUUUAAAUCGUCAAAUUAAUGCAAUUCAAAGGGAGGAAGAAAAGGUUAAAAGGGAGAUCAAAGUAGCAGCCAAAAAGGGCGAUAGGGAUGUUUGUGUUGUUUUGGCUAAAUCAAUUGUGCAUUCAAAAAAGUCUGUUGCCAAACUCCACGCAACUUCAGCUCAGAUCAAUUCAAUUAUUAUGAAUAUGCAACACCAAUUGGCGACCAUCAGAAUGGCUGGAACGUUAAAACAGUCGACUGAAGUAAUGCGUGCAAUGCAGCAAUUGGUUAAGGUGCCUGAAGUAAUGCAAAUAAUGCGUGAAAUGGCCAAAGAAAUGACAAAAAUGGGUUUAAUAGAAGAAAUUAUUGAAGAGACGAUGGAAUCUUUUGAACCAGAAAACAUGGAAGAAUUGGCCCAAGAAGAGGUUGACAAAGUUCUUUGGGAGGUUACUGCUGGGGAAUUAGGUAAAGCUCCUGCUGCUGUAUCUGAUACUCUGGAACAACAGAAAGAAGAAAGAGCUAAAGCUAUUGCAACUGCCGAUGAAUUUAUUGCGUCUCAAGCUUCCCAUACAUAAAUAACGAAUUACAAAACUUAUGUGAUUUUUGAUUAAAAUUUGGGAAUUUG